AUGACAAAUUCAUCUCGGCCAAAUACACCAUGUCAAAUGCAAAGACCAUCAUUAAUUGAGGAUGAUGAUGAUGAUCAUACUAAUAAUAAGAAUGGAAAACAAUUGCUAUCAAGAAGUCUUACAUUUGAUAAGGAACCAUUAAAACAAAAACGAAUAAAAAGACUAAGUCGACCAUCACCACCUAUAAUUGAACAACAACUACGAUGUUUAGAUCGAAGUUUACUUAGUAAUGAUAAUUGGCGACAAGAGACAAUGGCUGACGUUCAUAUUGAUCCAUUACCAUAUGUACGUGACAUGCUUAAUGAAUUGAGUAAUACAGAAGCUUUUCUUUAUGCUCGACAAUGUCGUAUUGUUGUUGCUAAAUUACUUUUAUGUUGGAGUGAUGUUAAUGAAGAAAUAAAAUCAUUAUUAAAACAUAAAGAAUAUAUAGAAGCAACUAUUGAACAUAUUCGAAAAGAUUUAAUAAUUAAUAAAGAGAAUAAUUUACAACAACAUCAACCACCAUUGACAGUACUUCCUCAACUAUUAUCAACUCUUGGUUUUCGUCUACCACGUACACCUCAAAAUAAUUCAAUAACUUCAUCUAAUUCAAAUUUAAAUAAUACAAAUAUUUCAAUAGAAGCAACAUUAUUGAAUGAAAAUAGUUUAUCAUUUGUUGGAAAUUUACUUGCUUUUACAUCAGAUGUUAUGCAAGUAUUUCAAGAUACAACAAAAUUAAUUGAAGAAUCAUAUGAAAUUAAAAAACAAGCGAUGAAUCAAAUAAAAGAUACAAAAGCUUAUUCAUUAACUGUUAAUCAAAGUAUUGCUCAAAAACUUGCGGAUAUUAUUACAUUAGCUGUAAGAAUAUUGUUUCAUUUCAAAGACUAUAGCUUUGUUAGAAUUAAGAGUUUCUGAUAGGAAUAGAAGUUAAUUGAGACGAUUAAAGAUUGUUAAGAUCUCAGUCAGAGUUAGUCAUCUAGGAUAUACAGACGACCAACUACAUGCAAUUUAAUUUAAUUCAUUUAAAGAGAGGUUUUUGACUAAACUUGCAAUUUCUGAAAUGUUUUAGUCAAUUCAACUCAACUGAAUUCAUCAAUUUUGAAAAUUGUUAUGAGGUGAUUACACUCAAUUUAAGAUUUGAACUAAGUUGAAUCAACCUUUUUGCAUUGAAUUGUUCAAUUCUGAUCUCGGUCAUUCUUAAGGGUGUACGUGCGAUUGUGGUCUGGAGUAAGUUAAAGUGUGCACCCACACCCUUUUUCUUUCUUUUAUCCUUGUCAGAUACUCGUUGUUCUUGCUGAUACCGUAGAGUAUCAUCAUCAUGUGUCUCUUUUUUUGAUAGACAUAUUGUCUUUCGAGAAUAUAUUAGAAGAUUUUGACUCUUCUUUUUCUGGUCUCAUUGAUGAAGUCAAAUUGUUUUUGAUUUUGCCAAAUAAUCCAUUUGCUUGAAACAAUGGGUAAAACUAUGGAAGAUAACGUAUAUAAAAGAACUUGAAAAAGAACAUUUCUGAAAAUUGAGCUUUGAAUGUCUAAAAUUAUUAUAAACCUAAUACAUAAUUUUUAUGCCAGGAUGGUGAUAGUUAAAAUAAAAUUUCGUUCGCAAAAUUUUCAGUGAUACAUAAAAGAAUCUAUAGAUCAUUUUGGGUAUUAUAAUGAUUUAUUAUUUAUUUAUCUUAGUAUCUAAUUUUCGUAUUAUUUGUCAGAGUACUAAAAAACAUUUUUGGCUCUAGUAAUAGAAAGAUCGAAAAGAAAAAUGUUGCAACAAGAAAAUGUUCAAAAAAAAGUUGUAUUAGUAAAGAUGAUGAGUAAUAUUUGACAGAAAAGAGCUAGCUAGAAUAAUCAGAAAAAUAAAAUAGUAUUAUACAAAUGAAAAUAUAUUAUCAUACCGAACAGCUGUUUUGAUAUGUAAGCUUAUUGAAAGUUUUCAUAAAAUUCGAAUGAUCAAUUUAUUACAAUGUGACUGUCAACCUCUAGAAAAAGAAUAUAUACUCACUUCACUAUAAGAGUAAAAUAAUAACAGUUCAACAAUGUAUAAAUAAUUUUAAUGAACGAUAUUAUAAUGAGCUGAUAAAUGUAAGGGAAUAUUUACGUGGUUUGUCAUCUAUAGUUGCUAAACAAAAAAAAAUAAAACUUUAUAAAAUUUUCUUUUCUUUUUAUUUCGUGACUUGUGUGCAGUCUGUAUUAUGAUGUUAGCAUCAUGUCACAAAAAUUAAGAAUGUCUUGUUCAUUGAAUAUUCGAUAUUUUUCCUUUCGAUCUUUCCUA